CAGAUAUCAUAAACCCUGAACGAAGCACAAAGCAGGAAACUCCAGGGCCGAUCGUACCAAAUGUCGGGAGUUUUAAAUCUCGUAAUAUUUUAAUUUUAUUCCAACCUCCAGUGAAAACGAGCAUGUGAUUUGCUAGUGUUACUUAAAACAGUGGUUUUUACGUCAUCAUGUAUAAAACGGUGCGCCAUGGCGAAAAUAGUCUUCAGUAUACUAUCCUUCCGCAGACCGAAGAAGUGCUUAACAACAGUGGACUUAAAGGGAAAGGGCGGGAUUAUAGCCCCUCAAUUCACGUGAGACGGUCCAGGCGAAAAUCAACCCUUAAAUAUGUAUUAAUGGUAAUAUUUGGAACUGUUGUAGCCCUAGCAUUGGCGUCUGUUCCUCUAUACGUUAUGAACGGUGCUAUAUUUGCUCGAAGAAUGCAAUUCGAUCACCAUGAUACUACGACGCCAGCUCUCACUCCCGGUGGUAGAGAAAUAUUACGAUCCCGUAAAAAGGAACUGAAGAUGUCUGCUGAAACUACCAUGAAACCUCAAUUGGACAUUAUAACUACCACAACUACUCCCUCUACUACUACUACACCAGUCCCCAUAACUGUGACCAGUGAAAAGAUUACAAAUCCAUCCUGGACGAUGCCUGCCUUAAGGUCUUGGAAAGCAGCGUCAUCGACGUCUCUACCACAAUUACCAACAGAAGAUAUCGAACGGAUUCCACUUAUUGGCACACCCUCAGGAAGUGUUCGUCUUCUAGACCAUUACAUGUCCAUGAGGCCAUGGGAUAAAGACAUUAUAAUUAGACCAACUGUCACCUCAGAACCUAUAACGAUUCGUGACGUUUUUAACUAUUAUUCCAUUCACUCUACAGAGAAAAUUGUAACGGAUAGCCCGAAAGUAUUCGAAGAUGUAUUGAUCACCACAAAGGCUACGAUAGAGAACAUAGCAACUACUGAAGCUAUAGCGAAUGAUCUAUCAAAGUUCAAUGACCUAAAAGACACACUGCUGUCCGUAGAUACUGAUGAAGAGGCAAAGGAAACGCUAGAAGAGGAUGAAGUAUUUUCUUUACCACCUUUAAAACCAGAUAUAGCGGUGGACUCGGAUUCAGAUGAAGUUACAGUUUCUAAGACCACAAAUGGCUGGUACGGCCAGAAAUGGCCAUUUGUGGAUUCUUCAACUUACUUCCAGUGGCCUGUGAAUAGCCCCAAUGACAGCAUCGUACUACCACUAUUAACAGGGGCUUUAUCAUCGAUUACUCUGGUGCUAAUAUUGGCUUUUGCGAUCAAGUUAAGAAAACGUACCAGCCAUCCCUGCGAUACUGGGAAGUUGUCCACCGAAUCUCAAACUGACGACAACACUAACUUAUUGACGGCUGAAAAUCCAGAAGAAGUCGAGGAGUGAGAUGUGAAAUUGUAAUUUAAUUUUGCUUUUUGGCAUAUGCACAUUAAGGAAAUCUUUUUGAAUAUAAAAUACAUGAUUUUUAGAUCCAUAUCCACUUAAAUAUUAAUGAAAACUUUUGACGAGUAAUUUUCCUAAUCGUGCAUAAGACCUUAAAUGAUAAUUAAAUUUUAUCCAUAUAACAAUGUCUAUGCUAUCACAUUGGUCAAAAAGAAAUUCAUAGACAACGUUAAUUAUUACAAAUUGUUUUUUUUUAAUUUCAUGGCCUGGUAACGAGAAAUUUAAGCCAAACAAAUUGAAGUGUGUAACUAUAGAGCAUAUAUUAAAUUUCACAAGGCAUUGUCUGUCAUCUUAAAUCUAUGGUUUUGCUCAUACAUUGUUUUAGACUGAAUGAGAGGAAUUAUUGCCAAAUUUAAAAUCACCAUUAUUCACCAAUGCUAUAUUGCGUUACCAUUUCCUACCUAAUGUUAAUGAAUUAAAUAAAAUCAUUAUUUCUAUUAAUAUAACGUCUUAAACAUAAAAUAUAAUCUUUAGCUAUCAUGAGCUUUUAGACACUAUCAAAAAUAUAUUCGCUGUUUCCGAAACACAUUUUCCAUAUCUGAAAGUAUUUUAAGAAAUCUCAGUAUUAAUAAAUGUGGUGUGUACAUUUAUUUUUUAAUAUAUUGGACUAGGUUAAGUACCGGCGUACCUUCACAAAAUUGCUUUGUUAAAUAGAUAUAAGACUGAUGUAGCGUUUUUGUUAAUUUCUAGUGGUAAAGUCCGAUUAGUAACCUAUUUUUGUAAAGGCACUAGGUAUUUUUUGUGCUUCGUUAGAAUAAGGUGUGUUAUCAAUGAAGGGCAUGAACGGUUUGUGAUUAAAUGAAAGGAAUUGUAUGGCAUCGUUUUACAAGUGCCGAACACGCUAAAUCAUGCGAAAUUUUAUAUCAUAAGUGUCGCACAUACUAUCUAGCUGUUAAUUUAAAGCUUUUGUGUCCAAUAGUUUGUCAUAAUCUUGUGCUAUGUACAUAAAUUAAAUUGUUUUACCACCUG